ACCCCCCUCCGCCACCGAGUGUGGCACCUCGACACACCUUGCAUCAAACACCAACAUCCACCUCCAUUUCAACAACAUCCACUCGUUCCUCACGACUUUUCUCCAUCUCUACCCCGCCACGCCUGCGCACACUCUCCGAGCGCCCCCCUAUACCACUUUGCACGGCGUGCGCAGCCCACGGCGUCCACUACCCCCCAUCUCACCACGCCCUCCAAUCCGCCUCACGCUGGACACGGCCUAUACAACUGCGCAAUACAGCACUUGGCCCACUUCUCUUCCCCUCACACCUCCCCCGUUACCAGCCCAGCGGCUGACCGUUCCGACCCCCUCGCGCACCGCACACUCACGAUCGCCUCGCACGGCCCAUCACACUAGCCUGACCGCCACCAAUCGCCGUGGCACCAUUAAGCAUGGCGUCGUCAAGCCGCGUGCCCUCCCCGCUGGGGAUAGGCGAGCAGCCUCCAACAGUGCACGCGCGCACCGCCAUCUCCGCCGCCAACGACUAUGAUAGCUCGGCACCCGACACGCCCACACUGCCCGAACGCCCCGCGCCAGGAUUCAUGAUCCGCAUCCCAGCUUCGGCGCGCGCAUCUGCGGUCUCGUCUCGCAACCUCGACCGUGACGACAGUCCUGCGUCCGUCUCCACCCCUGCCUCGGGAGGCAAGCGCAGGCGCCGCGUUGAGCCAAUAGGAGAUACGAUAGCCGCAACGCGACCCCGCCGUGGGCGACCGUCCACCGGCUCACCGUAUAUAGACGGCACAGGGCCGACGGGCACGCCUUCGCGGGACGUAUCGUCCGCCGCGAGCUCGCGCGCAAACUCGAGCGCGCCACCAAACGCGCUGAGCAUCUUCCAAGAUCCCGCUGCAUCAGACGUGUCGGCCGAGGUGCAGACGAUAGUGGGACCAGGAGCGGGGCAGGGGAGUCGUGAAGCGCGCCUGCUCGCCGAGGCCGCGUCUCGCCCCACCCGCGGCGGCGAGAACCAUGUACGGUCAGGCGUGAGCGCCAGCGGAAGAGGUCGCCGUGUUGGCGCGCGUCUCGGCGCUGCUGUGAAGACUACUGCUCGCAAAGGCAAGAAGCAGGAUGCUCCGGACAUUGUCAACCAGGACUUCUGCAGCGCCUGCCGUGGCAUCGGCCGCUUUCUGUGCUGCGACGGAUGUCCGCGCUCAUUCCACUUCAUGUGUCUCGAGCCGCCGUAUCGCAUCGACGAGCUACCGGAGUCAGAGACAUGGUACUGCAACAAAUGUGCCGCCGAGAGGAACCCUGCGCCGCCACAAGACCAACCUGCGGGAGUCAAGUUUACGGACCGCACUCUGGGCACUGUGUUCAGCCAUCUUGUUAAGCGCCUCGAGACUAGCAACCCCGAGCAGUUUCGCCUCCCUCAGGAGAUUCGCCAGUUUUUCAGCGGCGUCUCUGCCGGCCCAUUGGGUGAUUACGUCGACACGGAGACUGCACGCACCAAACUUGACCGCAAGGGAUUCCAGGAGGAGCGCGACCCGCUGCGUCUCCGCGACAGCAAGCACCGCCACGUUGCAUGCUACAAGUGUGGCGGAACGUCUGUGCCCACUCGUCAGUUGGCGUCCGACCCAGGCGCACAAUGGCGCCCGAUAGUCUCGUGCGACUACUGUAAUCUCCACUGGCACUUGGACUGCCUCACGCCGCCUCUGGCGGCCAUGCCAAGCGCAUCGAGGAAGUGGAUGUGCCCGAACCACUCGGAUCAGGUGAUGCCGCGCCGACGCACAGUGCGUGUCGGCCUCGAGACGGUCGAUGUCGAGGCUCCAGGCGAGGAGAACAACGGCUUUGUCAGUAUUAUUGAGGAACCCGAGGUGCAGCCCGACCUCCGGACAGACGACAUGGUGAUCAACAACAAGAAGUACCGCGUGCCGGAGCGCAUUAUCCAGCUUGAUUUUUGGAACAAAUUACGCAAGCACAGCGGCUCCGAGCCACCCGCGAGGACGGCUGCGCGCCAGGCGAACGCGCAGAUGGUCCGCGCGCAGGCGUCGCCCGAUGACUUGUGGGCUGCCCAGCUCCUCGCUUCUAUGGGCCAGGUUGAAGACGACGACGGGGAUACGGAUAUGGUGGACGGCGAAGUCUCGCCCCAGGACGUAUCGCCCCACCUUGAGAGGCAGAAGGAGGAGGGAGUGUCCCCGAAGCGCAAGGAGAAGGCGGUGAACGGCGCGCGCACUCCCGUCGCGCAGGCUGCGCGUCGACCGCACGCCGCCGUCGGCGUCAACGGGAGCGCGGCCCAUUCGCGUUCAGGAUCGCCGGCUCCGCCCCAGCGGCCCACCAGCGGGUCGAGCGACGCACCGCGUCGCAUCACACUGCGAAUUGGCGCCUUGCCGCAGUAGGACGACUAUGUAGCCGAAGCCUUGGAGGGAAGGCAAGGAGAGAGUCGCUUCGAUGAGAGACGCUAUAGCCUGUUUGCCUGUCCCUGUCUGUGAUUCUUCGGAAUGCAUAGUACUAUACAGUAUCUAGAGGCUGGGCCCAACUCUCUCGAUGAUAUGCACGUCGCAUGCGAGGGGG